UUUGAUCAAAGAUUGGGAGAAAGUUUGAAAUGUAUUAGGACUUUGAACUUACAAUUUUUAUUUACAAAGCUACACUAAUGUAUAAUAUCAGUUUUAUAUGAGUAGGCAUUGCAUAAUUUAGUUGUAUACAUCAAGGAUAAUUUUUACUGCUAGGAUCCACAAAAUAAGUAUUUUAUGAUAAAAUAGUAAUGUAAUAAAACACAGUGUAUCCUGCAUACACCAAAGGACAAAUUUUAUAAGAAAGAGAAAGUGGACGUACAAAGAAAUUGGCUAUUUAGAGAAAUUCUAUUUAUUAAUCCAGCUUCAGUACUGUUAAUUAUUUGAUCCAGUCUAGGUUUGUCAAAUGAGUAUAACUAGUUAAAAUAAUGAUUCAUUUUUUUAUUGAUUUUUUUAAACAAAUUAAAUAUCAGAUAAUAUAUUAUUUUUUGGGAGCUUUUGCUAUAAUUGAUGAUAUACAGAAUCGAGACAAGAAUCAAUUUGACAUUAGUCAACACAAUAAAGUUGCUGUCGUUACUGGAGGUGCUCGAGGAAUUGGAUUAGAAGUUGUUAAAAAACUGUUACAAUGCAACUUACACGUUAUAGUUGGAUGCCGGGAUGUAAGUUUGGGUUUUAAUGCUAUUAAACAAAUCGCUCCAAUGAAUGGAUCAUUUGUAGUUUACAAACUUGAUCUUAAAUCAUUUGCUUCUGUUAAAAACUUUGCUCAACAAGUGCUGUCAAAAUAUGAUCAAAUUCAUUUACUUGUUAACAAUGCUGGUGUUAUGUUUGUUCCGUAUGAAAAAUGUGAAAAUGGUCAUGAAGCUCAUUGGACUACAAAUUAUUUGAGUCAUUUUUUGCUAACUGAAUUGUUGUUGCCUGUUUUGAAAUCUACUGGUGUACAGGGUGAUAACGCAAGAAUUGUAAACGUAACGUCUUGUGCACAUGAAGCUUCUCCUCCAAUUGAUUUUGAUACAAUAAAUAAUGAGGAAGGAUAUAUAACAAAUGCAGCUUAUGCAAAAUCUAAACUGGCACAAUUAAUAUUUACAAAGUAUUUGAACAAAAUAUUGGCCGACUUUCCUGUUAAAGCUUUUGCCGUACACCCAGGUGUAGUGGAUACAGAGUUGUUCAAUGGUACAUUUUUGAAAAUAGCUUUUCCUUGGAUUUUGAAAUAUAUUUGCAAGACUCCAGAAGAAGGCUCUAGGUCUAUAGUGUAUGUUUGUUUGUCUGAUGCAGUCGAUGGACGUGGAUACUAUUAUGCGAAUUGUCAACCGGCAAAAUACUUACCGUAUGCCGAUGAUGCAAAAAUACAAGAAAUACUUUAUACUAUAUCAAAAAACACAGUGGAAAAAUAUUUGAAUCCUUAAACCAUUUACUAAAUUUUUUGAUAGUAACAAAUUGUAUAGUUACUCAGAUACUGUUUAUUGUCAUUAUAGCAAACUAAGUGUCAAAAAAUCUCAAUUCCUGAAUCUAUUGAAUAGACUGGUUUUAUUUAUUAUUAUUGGAUUUUUUUAAUUUUAUAAAUUUUAUAAUGGC